AUGAACCUUCGCAUCAGCAAAAGGGAUUUUGGCCAAUCGUCAAUCGUGUCAAGUCUCCCUCUUGUUGACGGAAAGCCACAGCCGAGAUUGGAGAUUCGAGAACUGCAAAAGAACCAUGAUCAAUGGAACCUUUACCUCCUGGCCCUGAGCUGGAUGCAAUACACAUCGCAGGAUUCUCCCUUUUCAUGGUACCAAAUUGCCGGUAUUCAUGGGGCACCCGGCCUGACCUGGGGGGAUGUCGCUCCACUGCCAGGAAAUGAUAAUAUCGGCUAUUGCCAUCAUGUCUCCAUCCUAUUUCCUACGUGGCAUCGACCUUACCUUGUCCUGUACGAGCAAACAUUGUACAACAUUAUCCAGUUCAUCGCCUCUCUAUGGCCGCCCGAGGACAUUGACAGAGUCCAGGACGCUGCUAGAAGUUUCAGGAUUCCUUACUGGGACUGGGCUGUUGCACCGCCGCCCGGAGAAAGCGUACUUCCCCUCAGCAUUGGGGGUUCCUCGGCUGUUAAUGUAACUGGCCCUAAUGGGAUCCAAAGUAUCUCGAACCCUCUUUUUAGUUUCACAUUCAAGCCAUUUAAUGGAUCUAUAUUUGCAGAUUCACCUUACAAUAAGUGGAAUGAAACAAAACGCGCGCCGCAUCCUAACACUGAUCCCAACGCCAUCUCCAACAACUCUUUUGUGGCCUCUUCACUCGAUAAUCACCUCCCAUCAUAUCAGCAACGCCUGUACAAUCUGUUCGCAAACUAUCCAAACUACUCUCAUUUCAGCAAUGAAGGAUGGAUGAACGAGAGCAACAACGGAACCUUUGACUCAAUUGAAUCGCUCCAUGAUUCUGUUCACACAAUCGGAGGUGGUGGGUGGGGUCAUCUGGCCAUCAUUGCAUACUCUGCAUUCGAUCCUUUAUUUUUCCUACAUCAUGCAAACGUCGACAGAAUCUUCGCCAUAUGGCAGGUUAUCAAUAACGAUUCAUAUGUGAUUCCCACAGAAGCCGUCUAUGCAACCCACACGGAGAAUCAAGGUGCUAUGGAGGAUAUUCAUAGCCCUCUGAAACCUUUCUUUCUCAACGAUACUUCGUUUUGGACGUCAGACAUGGUCAGAGACCUCGAGACCUUCGGUUACACGUAUGCCGAAGUUGCCAACAAGACGCGGGAGCAGGUCAUAGCCACAAUUAACCGCAUGUAUACAGACUACAGCCCGGCGACCAUUGGUAUCAGAGGCAACCAGCACUCAGCUGCUCAUUCUAAUGAAUUAAUUAAUGAUCAAGCACAAGAUACGACCCAACAACCCCACGGCGCAAGGGGUAUGGCUUGGCAACACAAGUCGGCAGGUCGUUUCCCAACACAUGCCGUUUUUAAAGUCAACGCCGAGGGCAAGUCUUAUCGCGAAUGGGUCGCAAAUAUAAAGGUCAAAAAACAUGCAUUAAAGGGGUCGUUCUUGAUCCACCUCUUCUUCGGAGAUGUCCCAGAUGAUGCCUCUUCAUGGCAACAUCUAGAUAAUCUCAUUGGUUCCCUGGGAGUGUUUGCAGAUCAUGGCCAGUCAACAAAGGCACAUCAAGGAACAGUAACGGGAACUAUUCCGUUGACAUCAGCACUCAUGCGCAUGGCUAUUGAGAGACAUAUAUCAAGCCUGGACCCAGAGGACGCUGAACCAUUCCUGAGAUCUGCUCUACAGCUAAGGAUCUCUCAAGCGGACGGAACUUCCGUUAACGCCAGCGAAGUCGCGGGGCUUACCAUCAGUAUUGUUAGCUCAAUGGUCGCAGUUCCAGUUACGGAGGGUCAGCUCCCAGAAUGGGGAGAAGUUGAGUCGAAUUUUGAUCUUGUCGUAUAA